CGCAUCUCUCCUCGCUCUCAUCCAACCCCAAGAAAAGCUGUCCGCCUGCCGACAAGCUCUUGCUCUACCUCCCCCCGGACCAUUAUAGGAAAAGCGACGAGAAGACGGGUUCCUCUGUCGGGUCAUCAUGUCGAGCCAAUCGCCCUUCCCCCAGCCAACGAAGAACGUAGUUCUUGAUACGGCUUCCCUUCCCGCAUCCUCAUCGGCAUCAGUAUGGGAUCGCAUCUCGAAAUGGGUGUCGGGAAACAAGGCCCUUGUCUACACCAUUGCCGGUGUUGCUGUGGUCGUGACUAGCGCGGGUGUCGUCUACUACCUCAACGAUACGACUCGGACUACUCAGGCUCCUCCCGCAGAGAAGAAGAAGAGCAAGAACCAGAGAAGAAAGGAGAAGAAGAAGGCAGAGGAGGAAAAGAAGGCCAAGACUCCUUCUGUUCAGGAUGAGCCAGUGACGAAGAAGGUGGAGGAGUCUUCUGAGGAUCUCCCAGAGGUGGAUGAGGAAACCGUUGCACAGCUGUCGGAAGAGACAAGGAAGGCGUACGCAGCCAAGCUCAAGGCUGCCGGAAACAAGGCUUAUGGUUCCAAGGACUACAACAAGGCCAUUGAACUGUACGGAAAGGCCAUCCUCUGCAAGCCCGAUCCGGUCUUCUACUCCAACCGUGCCGCCUGCUAUAAUGUUCUGUCCGAGUGGGAGAAGGUCGUCGAAGAUACGAGUGCCGCUCUUGCCAUGGACAGCGAGUACGUCAAGGCCCUGAACCGGAGGGCCAUUGCAUAUGAACACCUAGAGAAGUACAGCGAGGCUCUUCUUGACUUCACUGCGAGCUGCAUCAUUGACGGCUUCUCCAACGAGAUCAGCCGCGUUGCUCUCGAGAGACUCCUGAAGAAGGUUGCAGAGAAGAAAGGAAAGGCCAUCAUCGAGGCGAAGGGCAAGAAACUCCCUAGCCCGACCUUCGUAUCCAACUACCUCCAGAGCUUCCGCCCCCAGCCCCUGCCGGAAGGUCUCGAUAAGUCUGCUGAUCUGAGUGAAGAAUCUGGCAAGGGUCAACUCCGCAAGGGUCUGCUUGCCAUGGCUUUGAAGACCGGUGAUGGCUAUGAGGAGGCUGCUGCUGCCUUCGAGAAGUCUCUCGAACUCGGAGAUUUGGGUGAAUAUGAGGCUCUGGCUCUUAACCUGAGAGCCACCUUCACCUAUCUCGAGGGUAACGCCCAGGCCGCCCUCUUGGACCUCAACAAGAGCGUUGAACUGCAGCCGUCCUUGGUCCAGAGCUACAUCAAGCGUGCUAGCCUGCACCUCGAACUCGGAAACAAGGAUGCCGCUGCCGAUGACUUCGAACUCGCCAUCACCCACAACAAGGAUGACCCGGACAUCUACUACCACCGUGCCCAGCUUCAUUUCAUCCUCGGAGAAUUCGCCGAGGCUGCUAAGGAUUACCAGAAAUCCAUCGACCUCGACCGCACUUUCAUCUACUCCCACAUCCAGCUCGGUGUUACGCAGUACAAGAUGGGUUCGGUUGCGUCCGCCAUGGCUACCUUCAGAAGAUCUGUGAAGAACUUUGAGGAGGUUCCUGAUGUCUACAACUACUACGGUGAACUUCUGCUGGACCAGCAGAACUUCUCCGAGGCAAUUGAGAAAUUCGACAAGGCCGUGGAGAUGGAGAAGCAGAGCAAGCCGAUGGGAAUUAACGUUCUGCCUCUGAUCAACAAGGCGCUUGCUCUGUUCCAGUGGAAGCACGAUUUCCAAGAGGCCGAGAACCUCUGCCAGAAAGCCCUGAUCAUCGACCCCGAAUGCGAUAUUGCUGUAGGCACUAUGGCACAGCUUCUGCUGCAGCAGGGCAAGGUCUCUCAGGCUCUCAAGUACUUUGAGCGUGCUGCUGAACUUGCUCGCACAGAGGCGGAGAUUAUCAAUGCCAUCUCCUAUGCUGAAGCAACCCGCACACAGCUGGAAGUGCAGGAGAAGUACCCCCAGCUUGCUGCCCGCCUGCAAGGCAUGGGUGCUGGCUUCGCCCCCCCUCCCUCCUUGUAAACUGAGUCUUGACAUCUCCUUUCAAGAGUCAAGACACCAAAAGACGUGUAUGACCUAAUCUCUCACUCAUUUUCUUCUCUCUUGGAUUCUAAUGGUUGAAGAGUUGCAGGCGAAAGCUCAUCUUCGCCUGAUCGGCUCUGGUAUGUGCAUGGGCGCCUGAGCUGUUCAUCUCUGUGUGUAUUUACUAUAAGGAUUUUUUUUUUUUGGUUUGAUGUCCGAGUUUCUCUUCACCGAUAUACUGUCUAUCUCCUACUUCUGCUGCGACCGUGUUUUCUUUUUUGUUCCUUUGUUUUUUUUUUUUUUCUUUUGAUAUGAUGCUUUUUUUUUCAUGUUUGUCUUCCAGCCCCCUCAAUUUUUCUGGCAGGUGCACACUGGGCUGUUUUGUCAAGAAAUGCGGACAUGAUGAGAGAAGU